AUGUAAGGAAAUGAUAGGUAAUCAGAUGACAUGUAGAAAGAUGCUGAAAUUAAAAUGAUUCAAGAAAGAGAACAGAAUGAAGAGCUUUAACAAUUAGAAGACAAAAAGUCUCUCUUUUCCAACACAACCCAAAGAUGGAUAUUAUGGAUAUUAGAUUUAGUAGGAUUAAUUAUUUUUCUUGGGUAUUGCUAUCUCAUUCAAAGUUACCUCUCAACAAUCUAUUUCUUGAUAUUCAUGCUUAUUAUUCAGACCUGGGAAACCAAGUUGUACAAAAUAGGUAUGUUUGAGAAGAGGGAUUCAGAUAAAAAGGUAUUUACUCUGCAUAUUGAAGGUUUACAAAGACCCAAUGGAUUUUCUAGAGAAUUACCCUAAAAUACGAGAAUAGUAAAAGCAGAGGAAAACAAUUGCAGGCGAUAAUCAAAACUUAGAGGAUGAUGUCACAGAAAUAUCUGGAUUGGAUGAAACCGAAAUCAAGUACAAGCCCUUAUAUUGGAUUAUAUUUAAAGACGAAAACUAUGCUAUAUGGAUGUUUCUUCUGAUAUUUUCAGCAUUGACUUUAGUAAUGAAAGGGACUUUUAUAGGAAUAAUUAAAAAUGACCCUUAGCAAGCAGCAAAUAUCAUGACACAAGAGAAUUACGAAGGUAUUGAGAUCUAUUUCGAAAUGCUAAAAAAUAAAAAAUUUGAUAUCUCCACUAAAGAUUACGUUAAAAUAUUUUUACCGAACUCACUUAUAUUUAUAUUUUGCUGUUUUGUGAUGGCUUUAAGGAGAGUCAAGAAAAAGAAAUAUUUAGAAUAAUUUGGAGAACCCAUCAAUAGAUAAAUAUUUUCAUUCUAUUUUAUAAUUAUUUGGCUCUUUUUAGCAAUAAUUCUAAUUAGUAAUUAAUCUAUCAUUGGAUAUAUAUACUUUAUUCUGGAAAUGAUUAUUGGUUUUAGAUUCUUUUAAAAGGAAGCUACGAUAACCUAAUUUGAUAAAAUGGUUUUGAAAAUCCUAAAAUUUACUUUAAUAACCACAUUAUUAAUUGUUUAUUUUGCUGGUACUCCAAUAAUCACCUAAUUUGUGGGUCCGAAUUCAUUUUGGCCUUAAUAUUUUGGUUUAGAUAUUAUGUAUUGGAUGAGGACAGAUUAUUAAUGGAAUGUAAGAUAUUAUUCUGAAAUAGAGUUACGUAUUCAUGGUUGGAGGCUUGAUAUUAUUUGCAUUCUUAUGCAUUGUGACUGAGCAAUUCGCAAAUGAAGAUAGGAAAAUUAUAUUUAAAGAUGCAAUAUCUGAGUGUACUACCCAUUAUGAGAUUUAUCAAUUUAAAAAAUAAAAAUAUAACACCACGAUAAUAGAAGAAAAGGAAGCUCCUAAUUUUUAAGGAUAAUAGAAAGAAGAAGAGGAACAAGAAAUCCAGCUAAAAUAAUAACUUGCUGAUGAAAAUGAAUUAAAAUAAAUGAUGCCUGGGUAACCAGUUAGAAUGUCACAUGUAGAUGAAGGUGAUGAAGAAGAUAAAAAUAAACUUCUAUAUAAAUUAAACACAGCACUAUUUUCAUUAGGAAAUAAAUUCACUAAAUUUAUUGAUCAACCUAUUGUCACUCUUAGACUACUCUAAUUGUUGAUGAUCACCAUUGUUAUUAUGCAAAAAACUUAUGAGUCAUUGUUGUCAGUUAUUUGGAUCAUAAUCACAGGUAUUUUCUCAUUUUUACAAUCAUAGGUUUCACACUACGUUAUAAUAUUAAUUCAAUUACCUCAUUGAUUUUGGCCUUUCCUUCAGUAUUGAUCAACUUUAUUGUAUUCUAUUACUAAUGCAUACCUAAUAUGAAUCGAUCAAACAAUCCUUUUUAGAUAUGUGAUUCUAAUGAUACGGUAUGUAAAAAAAUUGGUUUCUUUUAACUCGAUCAAGAAUACAAAUAAGUUAUUAAUGUAAUUAUUUACAAUAGUUUUCUAGCUCCUUAUUAUGAAUAUUACUAUUUAUACAAUAUUUUUAUUUCUUAGAUAAGUUCAUAAAUAUGAUUAUUAUAAAUCGGUAUUGAUGUCAGUUAAAAAAUCCUAGUUGCAAAUUUAAGAUAAAAAAAAAUAGCUGAAAGUAAUUUAAAGUAUAAUUCAAUUUAGGAUGUAAGCUGGUUAACCUUAACUUUUGCCAUUUUAUUAAAGGCCUCCUAUGUUGUUGCUUUAAUCAUUGUUUACUGGAUAGGAUUCUUUGAUGUCAACCUUAUCCAAGGUGUGUUAGUAGUGUUUCUAAUGAUUUUUAUUAUUAACGAUUCCACACUCUGUAUUUACAAGUAGAAAAAUGAAAAGAAUGAAGUUAGGGAAUAUGUUGUUCCAUUCUCAUUUAAAUAUUGGAUUGUAUUUUUAAUCUACAUUUGUAUCAUCACUACUUUGAGAUAUGUAUACAUUUUAUUCUUUAUGGGAUAAACGAAUAUUAAUGAAGAAAAACAAUGGAUUAUAAGUUUGAUUGGAAUAAAUAAUUAAGAAAAUUAUGACAUUCUAUUUUGGGUCCUAUUUUAUUUUGCGGCUCUUCAAUACGAUUCAUAUAGAUCCAAGAUAUACCUUAAAUAUUCAAAUUAAAUAGUUGAUAUAUUCCUAGCAAAGAUCAGUAAUAAGUAAAAAUAAACAAAAAUAAGAACUACAAUAGAAACUCUCUAUUUGCUAUUUAUGAAAACUAUUAUUUGGAUUACAUUCACACUCAACAUUUGCUUUAUCAUUUUUACACCGUUUUCUUUUGUAAAUCUGGGAUUAUUUGUAUUUAUAGGUGGACUCUUCUUCUAUUAUACAUUUCAAUUCAUAAGAGACAAAGUAAACUACAAUUCCAUGUCCAGAUUUUGGUACUUAUAUUUGUAUUCACUUGUUAUGGCAUUUAUAAUUAGAUAUAUAUUUUAAUUCAUUUGUUUGCCUAGUUACAGUUAAAUUACCGCAUCUAGUCUAGAAAACCUAUAUAACAAUUUAUAACUAAAAUAUCAAUAAUAUGGAUUCUACUAAUAUGAUUAGAGUAGACUAAGAAUUGAGUACUUGCCUGAUAUGAUUGCGAUAUUCUUUGGAGCUAUUUCUUUGAACACCUAUCAAUUUUUUAAGGAAGCCUAAAAGAAUAAGUUAAAAUUGGCAUCUAUGACAAAUCAAGUUCCAAACACAAUAGAAAAACCGCUGUUAUCAGCAGAUUCAUUAUUAGAGCAGUCAGGUAGCAGUGAUGUUGCGAUUACUGAUAAAAUUGAGAAGCAAUAAUAGAAAGAUUUAGAGGACUUAGUAAAGAUUAUGAAAAUCAAUAUCUUAGAUGAAUAUAAAUUCCUUCAAAAACCUAUAAUGUUCAUAGCGUAGAUUAAUACAGAUUUGCUGACUUUAUAUGUUGUAUUUUCUGUAGUCUUUUUUGUAUAAUCAAUUGCAUCCUUCAUUAUUUUAGUAUUGUAUUUGAGUUAUUUUGUAACUGUUCAUAAUGCAUUACUCGAUAAUGUAGAAGAAAAAAAUUUGCUGGCAAGACUGAAAUAAAGUAUGUAUUCAUAUUAAUUGUUUAGAAAUUGUAAGUUUGAAAAAAAAAUAUGUUGAUUACAGUGCUAAAUCCACAGAUCAAAAUGACAAUGAGGAUGAAAUAAAUCUAGUCUAGGCUACAAAUCUUAUCACAAUGACUAGAAUGAGAAUUCGUAUUGAGAAAAAGGUUUCAAUUUGGAAAAUCUCGUUUAGUUUUAGUUGCUUUUGUGUAUUUUUGACCUACCUAUCGUAAUAUUUAUCUUUAGUUAUUUAAACUGAUGAUGAAAAUGCAUAGAAAGGAAUUCUUGAUACUUAAUUAGGGUUAUUUAUAUUUGGUACUUUUGCUUAAGAAAUUUCUGGUACAUAAACAUGUUUUUGUGGAUAGUUUGAUCUCAGUAGUAGUUGUUAUGGAUCUCUCAAUACUGGUUCAUCCACUAUUUUUGAUGAGGUAUUAUUCUAUUUAAUACUUGUAUUUGCAAAUGUUGUUGAUGCUGGAUGCACAAUGUUUCUUAAAGAAUAACUAGAAAAGGAAUAGGAAAAUAUCUAAUCUUUUGAACAUUAAUUUUAAGAACAAAAAUAAAAAUCUGAAUCAAAAUAAGUUAUUUCAAGAUCAAUGAUUCAUACUUUGAAAGGUAUUCACAAUCAGGCUGAAGGUGAUAGUCCUAUUAGUUUCAUAUAAGAAUAGUAAGAAAUAGAUGAUUAAAACGAAUUAGAAGAUUUUAAGAAAUAAUAUCCAUUCCUAACUAUUAAUAUUAUUGAUAAAUAUGAUUAACCAUAAGAAUUAAGUUAGGAUGACUUGAAGAAAAUUUAAAUAGCAGCCAAAGACAUUAACUAUUAUAAUAACAGAUCUAGAAUAUUUAAAUUAAACCUAACGACUGCUGGGUUUGUGACAUUGCAAAGAGUCUUCAUACUAAUUUUAUUAUUCAAUACUCUCUUAGCUAAUAAUAUAUUUUCUUUAGUAUAUUUGGGAGUAGCUACCUAUUUAUUUUUGUAAAAAACUGGAGCUUCAAAUAUUAAAAUUUUAAAUACAUUCUCUGUAGUUGCGAUUUGGAUAUAAUACAUAAUGAUAUACUUUUUAAAUUACGAAAUAGAGGAUAAUGAUAAAUUGUUACCAGUCAUGGCUUAGGGUUAUAAUAAAGAUGUGUUCAGUGUAAUUAAAAUGGCUACAGUAUUCUAAAAUUAUCCGUAUUUCAUUCCCUACCUUGGUUUUGAUAAUGGAGCAAUUAUGGAUUGCUCUAAGUUUAACAAUAACUCCAUCCCUAAUAACUCAACCGAGACUACUUUUUUAGAAAGUCAUUAUUGCCUUACUAAUAAUAGUAUUGAAUGGAUCUUUAUCUUAAAUACUCUUGUGCUUUCGCUUAUAUAUUUGUAUUUCCUACUCCUACAACACUUAUCUAAAUUGAUUUUGUCUACAACUAUUAAAAUGGAGUUAGAUUUGCAAUUAACAUAAUCAAUCUUAUAAAAGCUUUACUCAAAGAGUAAAUUUACUAUCUAUCUAAAUUAUUAAACUUGGAAAAAUCGAGUAUAUUCAACCAUGUCAGGCAUAAUAUAAUAAGCAAUUAAAAUUAACCAUAUUGUUUUUAUUUCUAUUAUAAUUUUAUUGGCUUAGUCAAAUAGAAUACUUUUAAACUUUUUUGAGUUUAUUCUGGCUGUAUUGUUUUUAGUUAUUUUUGAAUUUGUGCUAACCACUAACAGAGAAUCAAAUUUAAGAAGGGAAAGCAUUUAUUUUAAAGUUCUAUUCUAUUUAGCUGUAUUUACAAUAUCAAUGUACACAAUCUUGAGAUUGCCAUGGAUUUUAAAUUGGUGUGCUUCCUAAGCAGAGGAAAACUUCACUUAGGAUUCUGAUUUUUAGAAUGAAUUUAUUUGCUUAGAAAUAUUUGAAAUGCGACUUGGAGGAAUGAUCUUUAUAUUAUUCUUCAUUUCCCUUCACUUUGAUUUAAUAAAUUCUGAAUAAUUUAUUGAAUCUUUAAAUAAAUUUAUGAUUUUUGAAUAAUAAUAAGCAAAAAUGAUAUCAAGGGCACUUGCCUAUCAUAAGAAUUUUAAGAAAUUCACUGCCAUUAUUUAAGUAUCAGUGUAAAAAGCAUUAUUUAAAAAAACGUAAGAAAAGGCUUAAGAUAAAUUAAAAAUGUGGCAUGCAAAGUUGCUAGAUAAAACUAAAGAUAAAGUCAUAAUGGCAGAUGAAAUACAAUUAGAAUAUUAACAAUAAUAAAAUUAAUAGUAAUAAUAAUUAGAGAAACACUCAGAGUAAUAAGAGUAAGAGUAAGUGUAAGAAUAAUAACAAUAAUAGUAAUAAUAAUAAUAAUAAUAAUAAUAAUAAUAAUAAUAAUAAUAAUAAUAAUAAUAAUAAUAAUAAUAACAAUAGUAAUUACAAAAAUAAUAAUUUGCUAGUGAAUUGGAAAUACCAAUAAGAAAGGAAAUGGUUAGUUAAUUUGAAGUUGACUAAGAAGAAAGAAAAAGUGCAGAGAUGCCAGAAGAAAAACUAUUAAAAGAUACUCAGUUUUAGGGUUUAACCAAAUCAUAAAAAUCAUGUAUAGAAAUAAUUGCUUUCAUUCAAUCCUUCAAUAAUAAAUUUAAAUUUAUGAGUUUACCCAAUGUUAUGGAUUAUCUACUAUCCUAAAACAUCAUUUUAAAGAGAAGAGUAUAAUUCUCUUUAACUGAUUUCCUUCAAGAAAAUUACAGAUAAUUUGAAGAGGAAUUAUUGUACAUUGACUAAUUUUAUUCUCACUUACACAAGAAAUUAAGAGCCGCUCCAAAUUAAAUGUUAGAUGUCACAACAAUAACAGAUGAGCUAAUCUAGAAAUUAGAAAAAUCCUCAUAUAACAAUUCUAAACUUGGUAGAAAAAUGUAAAAAAUUAUCUCAUCAAUGAAGUUGACCUCAAAAUUAUCAAAGUAAGCAAUGCUUCAGUCUACCUAUUCUAUAUCUCCAUAAAAGCAAUAAUAAGGUUUUGAUGAAGAGAUUAGUUAUGAAAAGUACAUAAAAUCAACUGAUUUGUAUUUUGUAAAGAUAGUAGAUGACAAAUAAUUAAUUGUUGUCGAAAAUACCAAAUACUCAUCAGCUCUUACAAAACUGUCUUUAAGCAUUCUAAUAUUUAGAAUCAUUACAGAAAUUUUUAGCUUAAUAAUUACAUAUUGGAUGCCUUUUUGCUUUUUGCUUAUCAUAUUCUAUUAUUUAGUAGACAGUGGCCUAUUAGGUGGUGUUUUACCAUUUUUGUUAUUUUCAUGGAUCUUGAUUGAUGAAAAGGUUUAAUCAAAAUUAUUUUGGAUAAUUGCAUUCACAAUAUAUUUCUUCAUAUCUUUGUUGGUAUUUGCUUAUUCAUUAAGUGGAGUAGUAGAAAAGUAAUAUCAAAAAAGGAAUUAUGGAAAUAAAAUGGCCUGGUAUUAUCCUCUUUAUAACGGAAAUCAAAGUAUUUCAUAUGAAGUUAUGUUAAUGAUUUUUAUUAUCUUUUAAGUUUAUUUUGCCAAGCAAUAUGGAGUAUAUUAUAAGAGCUUAUUAGAUAUAGAAAAUAUAUUUUAAGGAUAUCUAAGAAUGAAAAUAAAUAAGUUUACAAAAUAUAUUAAGAAAUCUAUUAUUGAGAAAUAAAAUCUGUCUAAAUAAGACGAUCAAGACAAAUUAGUUUUUGAAGAAGAUUUAUAUGAUUUACAAAAUUAACAAGAGGAUAAUAAUUAAUUUUAAUUGAAAGAAAGCAUUGAAAUAGAAAAAAGAAUAAUUGAUGAUCCCAAGAUCUUGAUAUAGGAUUCUUCUAAUUUAUUUGAAAGGAUAUUUUCUUACAAGUUUUCAAGACCUGGUGUUGACUUGUAUCCAAUUACAGCAAGUAUCUAGAUUUUAAUUUUAAUUUACACUCUAAUCUUUUUUACCAAUAUGGUCAAUGAAUCAAUAAAAAUCAAUAACAUUUUGAAAACUAAUUAAAUACCAACAUCUUUAAUAUGGGCAUUGUUAGUUGAAUUCAUAUUGAUGUUUUUUGAAAGAUACAUAACAAUGAAAAGUAAUGCAGAUGUUAUAGAUAGUGACAAUAAAAAGCCAUCUUUUUUUUAGAAAUAUAAACUGUAAUUUUUCUUGAAAUUCCUCUUAUAAUUGUGCACAGUAAUUUUAAUAUAUUGGUUGAUUUUCUUAAAAUUAGGGAAUCCUUGGGGGGAAAAUCCAAUUUAUGAACAUGAUUCUACUUCAGCAGCUUCAUAUUCUAAAUAUAAAUCAAAUGGUUAUAUUGAAUGUUUCUUCAUCUUAUAUUCAGCAUAUUUCACUGUAUCUGCACUACAGUUGAGAUUUGGUUAUAAAAAACUAAAACUUAGAAACACUUUAUUACAGUCCUAUAAUAUGAUAUCAUACGCAAUAGCUUAAACUUAUUAUGCAAUUCCAUUUUUAUUUGAACUCAAAGUACUAAUGGACUGGACAUUCCUUAAAGUAAAAAUGUAUUAAUUUAUUAUAGACUUCCUUAGAUGUGUUUUAAUGGUUUACUUUGGAAGACAUUCAUGGAAUUAUGUAUUUUACAAAAAAUUAAUCUAAGGGUUAUUUAGAAAAACCAUUAGGAAAAAGGAUUUCUGGUUUUUAGAAAUGCACUUGUGGUUGUUGUUUAGUUUUAGUAAUCUUUGCUUGCAUUUUUGGUCCUUUGAUUCUGUUUUCAAGUUUAAAUCCAGCAUCAGAACUGAACCCUGUUAGAGGAGGAGAAUUCUCACUUUCAUUGAUUAACACUAAAACAGCCCUAAAUGUUGUUUUAUAUUAAACUAAUUAAUUAUAUGGAUUAGAAAACACUUUAGAUAGUCAAAAAGAGAUUGAUUUAGCCUUAGAUUAAACUUGUACUAAUUCAAUUAUUAAUAAUGCGCCAAAAUCAGGAGAAUUAUAGCAAUUUUAACUAUUAAACUUUUCAAAUACUAAUUGGGAUAUUUCCUAUCCUUUAUACUAACAAUUACUAGAAUAACUUAAUGAAACAAUAAAUGGAUCGGUAGCUCAUGAAUUUUUCUUUAAUGUAUCAUUUAUCUUUACGAGAGAUUAAUAAAAAAUCAUCCCAACCAAAAAUUACUUUUAAUAUCCUGGAAGCGGAAAUGAAUAUUUAAAAGAUCUUCCAGGUUAGAAUGAAACCUCUUUACCAAAGUCAGUUUUAUAAAAUAUUUCCUCAUUAUUGCAAUGCAAAAAUAGUCCAGAAUCAAAAGAUCCCCUUUAAAUUGAUUUAUAGAACCUCUAUAUUGAAACUGUAUAAUUAUACUCCGCUGAUGGAACGUCUUUCAAAUCUAAACCUAUUUAUCUCAAUGGAGUUGAUAGUGUUGCAAGUGCUUACUUAUCAUUCUUUUGUUCUGGAACUUCUCCUUUGGAUGGAUAAUCUUGGUGGACUCUUGUUUAUAAUGGUAAUGCAUGCUUGUUGGAAACAUGUGGAUAAACCCCGAAAAAAGAUUAGCCUAAUGGUUUGAUUAUGUUUGUUGUCUCGGACACUUUCUCAACUCUAACUCAAGGAUUUAGCAUCAUUACAAUUUAUACAUCAGUUAUCCUACUUAUUGGAUCAUUUAUUCGAUCAUUUUUCUCUGGACAAAUUUGGAUGCUUGAAUUCAAAGGGAUGGUCCAUCCUGAUGAUUUAAUUAUGAUUUGCCAAGCUAUUUCUAUUGCUAGAUCUUAAAAAGAUUUCAAGAGGUAUUAAGUCUAUAAUUAGUUUUAGUGAAAAUAUUUUAUACUUUGAACUGAUUGAUAUUCUUAGAUCCCCUGAAAUAGUUAAGGUUAUGACUGGAACAUGGACUGAAGAACUUAAAAAAAAGGAAAAUGAAAGAGAACAGUAAAUGUAGUUAGAAAAAGAAGAACAAUAAAUUUUACUAUAAUAAUAAGAAAAGUAACAAUAAUAAGCGCAAAAUAAUAAUGGAUAAAAACUAAAAUAAGAUUGA